ACACAGCUGCGUCAACAAGUAUGGCGCGCGAGGAGCGGCGGGCGGAGCCGGCGGGCGCGCGGUGGGGGCUGUACGCCACGCCCCGGGCCCCCCUGCGCGAGGGCCGGCUCCGCGGGGCUCCGCAAGAUGGCGGCGCCGAUGACGCGCUCGCGUACGGAACUCCGCCGUCACGCCAGGGCCGGCGGGAAGUGAGGUUCUCGGAGGAACCGCCGGAGGUGUACGGCGACUUCGAGCCCCCGACAGCCAAAGAAAGGUCCCUGCUGGGAAGACGAACCCCGCCGGAGGAGUUUCGGCCGGAGUCUGCGAAGCAGGAAGCGCGAGAAAGCGCCUACUACCUUCGGUCUCGGCAGCGGAGGCGGCCCCGACCCGCAGAGGCCGAGGAGAUGAAGACGCGAAGGGAUGCCCGCCUCGAGCAGCAGCAGAACUCACAGGAGCGGCCGCUGCAGCCGUCGCCGGUGACGACCAGGAGAAGGCUCCGGGACUCUGUGUCCUCCGAAGGUGGGGACCGCGGAGAAGAUGAACCAUCUUCUCAUACUGUUACAAACCAAACAGUCUCAAAGAAAACUGACAGAACACAAGAAGCUCCAGCAGUGACCAGUGAAGAUCCUGUCAUUAGCCUACGUAGACCCCCUCUAAGAAGCACAAGACGUGAUUCAGCACACAGAACAAAUGAAAACACUGAAAUGAAUGAAUUAGAAACCUCCAAUGUCAAACAGAAGGUCAAUUUCUCAGAAGAAGGAGAAACUGAAGAUGAUGACCAGGAUGGUUCUUACAGUGAUGUCGCUACUGUUAAAGUCAGAUCCAGGGAUUCUGUUGAAUCUAGAGAUCAAGCCACUAUAUUAUCUGGUCAGUGUCCAGAAUCAGUUUGGAGAUUACCACAAAGACAAGACUCCACAGCUCAUAAUAAGCAACCUUCUGUGCUGAGCUCAGGAUAUCAGAAAAACCGUCAGGAAUGGUUUGAACAACAUACAAGAAUGAGAAAUAGGAUGCAAACAUCUUCACCAGUCAAGAGUUCAAUAUAUGGCCAUUUUGCAGAUGGUGGCAGCAUUCAGAUGUCAGAGCUUGGAAACCAGCUUCUGUCACCCUCCAGCAAACAAGUAUCUGAACUGCCCCAAAAUGAAUAUUUUUUCAAGAGGAAAUGGUUUUGGUGCCUACUUAGCCUGAUAAUUCUUGCCAUUGGGACAUUUUUCUUUUUUCGUACUCCUGAGGUAGAAACUACUGCUGUUCAAAUGUUUCAGAACCAGAUGAAACAACUUAGGAAUAAGUACCAAGGUCAAGAUGAGAAGCUGUGGGAAAGAAGCCUGACAUUCCUUCAGAAACAUCUUAAUAGCUCCCAUCCUCGGCCUCAGCCUGCUAUCUUGCUGCUCACUGCUGCUCAAGAUGCUGAAGAAGCACUUAAGUGUCUGAGUGAACAAAUCGCUGAUGCCUAUUCUUCCUUUCGUAGUGUCCGUGCCAUCCGGAUUGAUGGGACAGGCAAAGCUGCUCAAGACAGUGAUGCCGUCAAACUGGAGGUAGAUCAGGAAUUGAGUAAUGGUUUCACAAAUGGCCAGAAUGCAGCUGUGGUGCACCGCUUUGAGUCACUGCCUGCGGGCUCUACUUUGAUCUUUUAUAAAUAUUGUGACCAUGAAACUGCAGUCUUCAAAGAUGUAGCCUUAGUCCUGACCGUCCUGUUGGAGGAGAAAACCCUUGGAACCAGUCUAGGCCUAAAGGAAAUUGAAGAAAAAGUGAGAGAUUUCCUCAAAGUUAAGUUCACCAACUCCAACACCCCCAGUUCCUAUAAUCAUAUGGACCCAGACAAACUGAAUGGACUUUGGAGCCGUAUUUCUCACUUAGUCCUGCCUGUACAACCUGAAAAUGCUCUGAAAAGAGGCAUCUGCUUGUAAGGAGUCAAAGAAGAAAAAAAAAAUCAUGUCUCAAAUUCUGAGAAAUUUUCAGACUUUUUUACCAGAGACUAAAUUCAAAGCACUUUUUGAGUGAACUGGUUUCUUUUUAAAAGAAGUGAAGUUCUUACAAAAACAUGGAACAUCUAAAUCAUUUAUCCAUCCUAAUUAUCUGUGACUUAAGAGAAUCAUUUCUGUUUCUCAUCAGAGCAAUGUUGAGUAUCUAGAGGAGUGCAAAUUAUACGCAUUCCCGUCGAGGAUCUGUUUUGAUUCUGGGCAGAAUCAUUGCUAUAGCGUGAAUAGUUUGAAAGAUUUGUCUCCUUUCCUGUGAAUCAGCCUUGUUUUUUUUUUAACUUAACUUAGAUUUUUAAGUUUGUUGAGUUAGUAAGGCAGCUCUUUAAUUGUAACCAUGGGUUUUCCCAUUAUAUUUCCUCUUAGGUCAUUUAGGUCUGAGUUCCUUAGCAUCUUCAUAUAGGAACAAAAGUAAUGAAAGGUCAUCUGUGUACAUGUUUAGAUUUUUGGAGGGCAGAGAGGAGGAGAGAAGGGAAGAGAGGAAAUAUGGAAUGAAUAAAGAAAGAAAUGGAGAGGUAAAAAGAUUCUUCAAGAUGAAAUGUUACAGUAAACCACUAAGAUAGGUUAGUGAAACAUGUAAACACUUAUCUUGGUGAAUUCUAUUGGGAUUUUUUUGUGUUUAUUCUGUUGGGACUUCUUGUACUUUUUCCCCCCCUCUAAGAAAUUCUUGGUUAUCCCAAGAAAUUUUAUUCUAUAUAUAUUAGAAGACUUAGUUAUAUUUGCUCAUUUGACUCUUAAGGGUAAAUUCAGAGCAGUUUAUUUUGUGAAAAUCUGAAGUUUUUGUUUUGAAUUAAAAAAUAAUAGUUCCAGAACUUUGUAAGCCAUUCGUUCACCAGCUAUCCUGGACUGUCGAAGGAUUUAAUUUUCUGCUUGUCCGCUUGUUGCAGUCUUAAGUCCUUUAAUCAUACUCUGUAACAAAUAUAAAGAUUUACUAUGCAUGUAAUAAAUUUGAGUGCCUCAAGCCAAAAAGAUAGUGGACUUUACCAUAUAUAAAGUAUGUUAAAUGUGUAACUUGACUUUUCUCAUCUUUAAUAUAAUUCUAGAUAUAUUUUUUGUGUUUUUUUUUAAUUGUCCAGAAGCUAUUAAGUGAAAAUACUGUUUUUAGAGUACUAGACCCAGACAUUGACUUUAUCAUUUACCUCACAACUUGCAGUGUGGUCUGAUUUCUUUCUACUAGAAUUACCAGCAUUCAUAAAUUUAUACCCCUAUAUUGUAAUUUUUCCUAACAAUCAGAAGACAUCAUUUCAUUUAUUUUAUAAAGGGUUAUAAAACAAGUUUUUGAGGAUUAUUUUAUACAUAUUAUAUGAAGAAACAUGUUUUUAUUAAAUGUUUCAGUUAACUAAAUAAUUUUAAAGUAAUAUGUUAUAUCUUUUAGGAAAAAUGUAGCAGCUGAUCUGUAAAUGACUAAAACUAUUUUAGUAAUUUAAAUAAAUUUACUUUUUUGGUUUGUA